AUGGUGUCAACAAGAUUUCUCCUUCUCUCAAUCUCCACUUUGGCAAUGGUCCAAUCUCAAACCACGGAGCCGUAUUGCGAUGAGCUGACAACAACUAAAGCGAAGACAACAACAAAACCGAAGACAACGACCAAAGCAAAAACGCUAACUGGCUGGAAAUGCCCAACAAGCUGGACGAAAUUCAGUAGAACCAAGGGACAAUGGUGCAUCAAGGUGUUCACUGGAACAUUCACUUAUGAAAAGGCGAAGGCACAAUGUGUGGCAGUUGGGGGAGUUCUAUCGGGCGUUGAAAACAAAGCUGAGAGAACUUUUGUUAUCAGUAAGUUGUAUGAUUACGUAAAUUAUGUGGAUUAAAGUGAUGUUUCAGAUCGAGGAAUCUCAAUUCUCAACACAAUCGGUACAAUCAAAGAGGGUGCUCUCUGGGUGGGUGCGUUGAGAAGAAAAGAGUGUCGUGGAAACAAUUCGACUCUCUCAAUCUGUGUUCCUGCGGUUAACAAAGCGUUCUAUUGGACUGAUGGUUUCACGACUGGAAAAUCAAUGAUGACUUGGAUGCCGAAUCAACCGGAUUAUUACAAAAAAGCGGAAGCGGCUGUUCAAUUGCUCAUUGUUAACAAAGCUAAUGGUUCUGGUGGUGCAGUUUCAGGACAAUUGAAUGAUGUUGUGGCUACGACUUCGACUGCGGUUAAUGCACUCAAUCAUAUUCGUGGAAUUGUUUGUGGACGAAAAGCUACAGCUAUUUAUUCUUAA